UGGGAACCAGGAGGGCGCCGCCGAGGAGACUGUGUGACAGGCUGCGGGUGUGACAGGGUGUGAUCUUCUGUGUCACCGUGUAUGUAAUUGUGCGCGACUGUGACCGUCUGUCUCCGGUAUAAAACUCCGAGUCUAUGUGUGUUUGUGCGUGACUGUCUCCGCAGGUGUAACUGUGUUAUUGUGUAUGGGUUUGUGAGAGAUUGCGGGUGUGACUUUGUGUGUGUGUGUGUCGCUGUGUGGGUGUGUGUGUGACUGUGUUUGACCCCUUGUCCCUGUGGAUAUAACUGCGUUUGAAUGUGUGUGACAGAAGGUGUCAUUACGUGCCCAUGACCAUCUAUAUCUGCAGGUAUAAUUUUGUGUGAGUAAUUGUGGCAGGAUAUGUGACUUUGUGUGGUAUGUCACUAUGCAUGAGAUUGUGUGUGACUGUCUCUCUGUUGGAGUAACUGUGUAUCGUCAUCUCUAUCUUUGUGUUAAUACCACUGUGUAUGUAUGUGACAUUACAGUCGCAAUUAUGUGACCAUAUAUAUGUGUGUGAUUGGGUGAGAAUUUGUAUGUGUAUGUCAGACCUAGUGUGUGAUUGUGAGACACAGAAAGAUUAAAAUUACUCACCCACAUUCACACAGUUACUAAAUGACAGAAUCAGGACUUAAGCCCAGGCAAUUUGGCUCCAGAGGCCUUGCUUUUAAUUGCUAAACUCUCUUGAUCUUUCCCACGCUGCGAGGGUGAAAAAUGGGGGCCCUGAGUUCUGAGGGUGUUGAAGAGUAUUGUCUGUGGUCUUGGACUAGGACCCUUCUGGACAUAGAACUUAACCUGGGUAUCUUUGUUUGGUCCCCUUGUGAGUAACAGAACCCAAUCUAAAGACACUGUGGUGAAACCAUCCUCAUAUUGGCUGCAUUUGGGGGAGGAAAGCCCAACCUGAAAGACCAGUCUUCCUCUCCUUAGGCCAUGGAGUUUGAGAUUUUAGGUUUGUCCUUGUCAAAACUCUUCCAUGUCUGGUGCUGAGAGAGGCUGAUCCCUGGCUCUUUUUCUCACAUACCAAGUGAACUAAGUGUUUGGUUCUGACUUCACGUAAUAAAGAAAAAUGCUCUCAUUUCCUUUUCAACUGUGUGUGUAAAAUCUAAGUGGCAAUAAGGGUGGCACUUCUCUACGCCAGGAGUUGGCUCAAGCAAUCUUGACAGUGAGGAAAGGUUCUGACAGUUGGGUUGAUUUGCCCAAGGUCACAUAGCCAAUGAGGAAAGGAAUGGAGAGUCAGUGUGUGUCUGGGGGUCUAUAUAAAGCACAAGUCUUUCACAGCACCUUUCAGUGACUGAUGGUUCAUCUCAAACUUGAAAAGUAUUAUUCAAAUGAUACACAGCGAUUUGAAACAGCAAUUUAAAAGUUUUUUUUUUUUUUAUGCAUGUGCUACUUAGAGCUCCCAGGUGCUGAGAAGACUUCACUGAUUCUCCUCUUGGGUUGCAAAGGCUUUUAUAAACAAAUUCAAGCUGCAUUACACUAAGGAAAUAAUUUUCUUACAGAUUGAGUUGGUUAGUGCAGAGUAGCAGAAUUAGGGGGUUGUAUUUCUUAAAUUCUAAGUCAAACACAACUAUCUUUGUUUUCAGAGUGAAGAAAUGUUGGCUCUGAGAAGACAAGGAACUUGUUUCAGGCUGUGCAGUUUCUUAUUGGUUUGGUAUUGAAAUUUGUCAAUGUUUGCCUCAGGCUGAAUUUCUGUGGAGUAAUAGAGGACUUUGUUCUCCAAAAGAGAAAAUUGAAGAAGGAAGGAAGAAUGGCUGUUGGACUAUGUAAAUCCAUGUCCCAGGGUUUGGUGACCUUCAGGGAUGUGGCUCUAAAUUUUUCCCAAGAGGAGUGGGAAUGGCUGGACUCAUCUCAGAAGGAUUUGUACAGAGAUGUCAUGUUGGAGAACUACAGGAACUUGGUAUGGCUUGGACUUUCCAUUUCUAAGCCCAACAUGAUCUCCUUAUUGGAGCAAGGGAAGGAUCCUUGCAUGGUGGAGAGAGAGAUGUCAGAUGGUCAAUAUGCAGAAUGGGACUCUUUGUAUGAAAUCAAGGCAUUAUCUCCAAAAUGGUACAUUGAUGAAGAGGAAAUAUCCCAGGGGAUGAUAAUGGAAAGACUUACAAGUUAUGGCCUUGAAUCCUCCAGUUUCAGAGAAGCCUGGAAAUAUGAGGGUGAAUUUGAGCAGCAUCAGGGAAAUCGGGAGAGUCAUUUCAGGCAAGUGACAACUCUUAAGGAAAUCUCUGCCAUGAAAAGAGACAAUGAAUAUAAUAAUUCUGAGAUAAAUGUUCUCUUGAACUCAGUACUUUUAACACAACAGAGAGUUCCCACAGUAGAACAAGUACAUAAAUUUGAUAUUUAUGAUAAAAUGUUCCCCCCAAAUUCAGUUCUAACUGAACAUAAAAGACUACAUGCUGAGAAGGAAUCUUUGAUAGGUAAUGAAUGUGAAGAAUUCAACCAGAAUACAUACCUUAGUAAAGAUGCAGAAAUUCCUCCUGGGGAGAAACAUUACGAAAGUAAUGAUUUUUCAGAUCUCUUAAGUUUCCACUCAUUACUUACUCAACAUCACACAACUCAUCUUGGAAAAUUAUCCCAUGGAUACGUUGAAUGUGGUGCUGCUUUUAGCUGUUAUUCGUUCUUUACUCAACCUCAGAGAAUUCACAGUAGAGAGAAACCAUAUGCAUGCAAUGACUGUGGAAAAGCCUUUAGCCAUGACUUCUUUCUCAGUGAGCAUCAGAGAGCUCAUACUGGGGAGAAACCAUAUGAAUGUAAGGAAUGUAACAAAGCUUUCAGACAGAGUGCACACCUUGCUCAACAUCAGAGAAUCCACACUGGAGAGAAACCCUUUGCAUGCAAUGAAUGUGGGAAGGCCUUUAGCCGUUAUGCCUUCCUUGUGGAACAUCAGAGAAUUCACACAGGAGAGAAACCAUAUGAAUGUAAGGAAUGUAACAAAGCCUUCAGACAGAGUGCACACCUUAAUCAACAUCAGAGAAUUCACACUGGAGAGAAACCCUAUGAAUGUAAUCAAUGUGGAAAAGCCUUCAGCAGACGCAUAGCCCUUACUCUGCAUCAAAGAAUUCACACAGGAGAGAAACCCUUUAAAUGUAAUGAAUGUGGAAAGACCUUUGGCUAUCGCUCACACCUUAAUCAACAUCAGAGAAUUCACACUGGUGAAAAGCCGUAUGAGUGCAUCAAAUGUGGGAAGUUUUUUAGGACUGACUCACAACUUAAUCGACAUCAUAGAAUUCAUACUGGAGAGAGACCUUUUGAAUGCAGUAAAUGUGGAAAAGCCUUCAGUGAUGCUUUAGUUCUAAUUCAUCAUAAGAGAAGUCAUGCAGGAGAGAAACCCUAUGAAUGUAACAAAUGUGGGAAGGCCUUCAGUUGUGGCUCAUACCUUAAUCAACAUCAGAGAAUUCAUACUGGAGAGAAACCUUAUGAAUGUAAUGAAUGUGGGAAGGCUUUCCAUCAGAUCUUGUCCCUUAGGCUACACCAGAGAAUUCAUGCUGGAGAAAAACCCUAUAACUGUAAUGAAUGUGGGAACAAUUUUAGCUGUGCUUCAGCUCUUCGACGACAUCAGAAAAUUCAUAAUAGAGAAGCUCUCUGAUUAUGUAUAACAAGUAUAAGAAAGAAAACAUUUAGUCACCAUUCAGUCCUUAUUAAAUAAAUAUCAGUGAGUUCUUCAGUUAGUAAUUCUAUGAAUGUAGUACCUAUGGAGAAGCCUUCAGUUCAUGAGCAUCCCUUAUUUGAAAUAGCCUGAGUAGUAGACAUCUGUUACUUUUGAAUCUGUUCUGUACCCUAUUUGAGACUUAUCUCACCCUUAAUGCAUAUCAUUCUGAUGAAAUUGUUUAAUCAGAAAGAGCAGUAGAUUGGUCAUAGGCAGGCCAAUUAUUUUCUUCAACCUCAUGAUGGAUAAGGGAUUUACAAAUGGCCCUGUCUAGACCAGUAGAGUCCUAGGCGGUCAUUGUUAUGGGUAGUAAGAAAAGAUUUUUUUUCCUCACCCCAGAAUUGCAAGUUUCAAGGAUUUAGUAAGGUUAAAAACUCACCAGUAGCCUUUUUGCCACCACAUGAAGAAAGCCUUCCCAGGAUAAAUCUAACACAAAGGAAAACUGAGGUCAGAGACAGAAAUCUGAGGAUGCUGUUUGAUCUUCUGUAUCCAAUCAUGUCUGAAGUCUACACCAUCUUUUACUUUUUCAUUUUUGUGAUCCAAUAAAUUUUCUUUUUUCUGCUUAUGUUAA